CCCAGUUCCAUUCGCCGAGUUGCAAGGCAUCGAAAGCUAUGAUUAGUCUUCCAACUGUUGUCAGAAAUCAGAGACAUGUAUUUAUCCUACUCGGCGACUAGGGGCUAAGGUGCUGGUAAGUUAGUAUUGCUCGUAACGUAACGUCCAGGAGGAAGAAUAGGACGGAAUGAUUGAGAACAGGCUACCAGGAUACUUCACAAAGAACUAGUUUCUAAGCCCAGAAGGCCAAAGCACGCAGGCUAUAUAAGUAAGGCUCGCCAACCUCUGACAACAAAACACCAAAGCGGGAAGUAUCCCUUCUUAAAGCCUAUAACCAUGGCCAGUGGAGGCGGUAUAAACCUUGUCAGAUAUUAUUUCUACGGAGGCUUCCGUCUCUCCCCAGAGCGCAAGAAGGCACUAGUUGCUUUGGCAUACGCCACUGCCCGAGACCAGAAACUGGCUCCUAAAGCGAUUCUCAUUCGGUCGGACAUACACGAAACUACUUCUAUCAAUGGCCAACGCACCAAAGACCCCCUCGGCUGGCAUGUGACCAUGGCCUUCAAAGACGGCGAUCAAGUUGAGCGGAUGUUCCAUGUGGCAUCGCACGGAUAUACGAACGGCAAAGAAGAUUUCGUCCUAAAAACUGCAACACAUACUCCGGAGAAGACGGAUGCGACUCCUCGGGGUGGAAAGAGGUCUGGCAAAGUCGUUUGGCCUGCCGAGGAAUUGUUGGAGGAAUAUGAGGAUAGUCCGAUUGCUUAUUCGCAUCUUCCCGAAAAAGACUGAGAGCCAUACAAUAGCUGAUGACGGGACCUAAGCUCCAUUUGGCUUUUACUUAGUUGGGUAGAUUUUAGUGCUAUCUGGGCUGGGGCUAGGGCCCAACCCACGGAUCUCAAUAUCGCAAUGUCUUCCCUCAAAUGUCUCGAGCACGAUGGGCUUUGUAUCACGCAUAAGUAAAGGCUGAAGGACCCAGGCUUUUUGGAAUUUUUAAGCGAUGGCAACAGACCGCAGUGAAGAACAUAGUGUUGAGACACUCACUCCUGCUAGGAUCAGCUGAUCCUUUGCCUCAUCUUCUCCCUGCAUGUUCUCCGACCACCAACUCUUCUAAUCGCCAACCAAUCAUUUUUGAGAUCAGAUAGAUCGAGUACCUAACUUUACCCUCCGUAUUCACAUCGUAAGUACGCAUUUCUUGGUUUACACAGAGCCUCACCCAUGUGAUG